AUGGUCUUGGGGGGACUGCAGGGCACGGCUUCAGCCAACGCCCUGUCGACAAAGUACUUUCUGGCCGUCGAUGGCGGCGGCUCGUCCUGUACCGUCGUUCUGCUGAGCUCGGCCGGGGUCGUCUCGGUCGGCGAGGCUGGGCCAUGCAACGUCACGACCAUGGGCAUGGAAGCUGCUCUGGCGGUCAUCUCCGCAGCCAUUCGGUCUGCCGUCUCAACACACCCAGACGUCGUCGCCGGCCACGUCCAGGACGUGCCCAUCGCGUCCGCAUGGGUCGGCAUGGCAGGCUACGAUCGCCCACACCUUGCUGCAGUCCUGGACGCGGCCGUGUCCGAGCUGCUCGGCAUCCCGGCCGGAAACCUCCGUCUGACCGUCUCCUCCGACAUUGAUCUGUUGUCCGUCAAGGCGGCGUCCGAGCGCUCGGCUCAGACUGCCGUCGUCCUCGUGGCCGGAACCGGAUCCGUGGCCAUGAGCUUCCAGCGCAGCGGUGACCGGUUCACGCGAACGGCCAGGGCUGGCGGCUGGGGUUCGCUGCUCGGCGACGACGGAUCCGGCUUCGCCAUUGGCAAGGCUGCUCUGCGACUUGCCCUGCGGACCAGCGACACGCUCCGGAAUAGGGCAGCAAAGGCGGAAGCCGACGGCAUGGACAGCCUGCCCAGCAUACCACCGCUCAGCGCGGCCGUCUACAGUCAUUUCGAAGCCGCGCAAGAAGGUUUCGAUCGCCGUGAUCUGCUGUCCGGCAUCCUUGCCCCCCCGGCGACCACCGCAUCCUCUGACAGCACGACUGCACCCCAGCGCAUCGCUCGCGCUGCUCAGGUGGUCCUCGCACUCGCCGAGUCUGACGACGAGGCAAGGGCCAUCCUCCAGGAAGCAGCCGCAAGCCUGGCCGAUAUGGUGACGGAUCUGGUCAGGGACCAGGGCGCUGACCCGGCCAAUAUCGCUCUCAUCACGGCAGGCGGCGUCCUGAAGAACAGGCUCUACAACAGCAUGGUGCAGCAGGAAUUGUCAAGAAGAGGGUCGGACUUCAAGUGGACCAUGAAUGUACAAGUCCCGGCCUUGGAAGGGGCUCGCUGGCUCGCUGCCAACUAUCGAGAACAGCACAGAGAGAAUAUACAUUAG